CUACUCCGAGGGCGGAGGGACCAGCUGACGAGGCAAGCGGCGGAUCCAGUUGCCGAGGGGAUCGAUGUAGAAAUGGGAGGUGGCGUGCUUGAGGCCCUUGAGGCCGCGCUCGAACUCCUCGGUGGCACCAGGGCGCUGCUGGCGCUCCGCGUACUCCUUGUCCAGCCCCUCAAUCCACUUCUGGCGGCACACGGCGCGCCACUCCUGCACCUUGGAGAUGGCGUACUUGUGGACGCCGAAGACGACGACGAGGAUGGCGGCGGAGGUGCCGACGGCGGCGACGACGGCCUUCAUGGUGCUGUAAGGCAUUUUGUGUGGAUGUGGUUGGUUUGGUUUGGUUGGUUUGGUUUGGUUGGUUUGGGUUGGUUGGUUGGUUGGUUGGUUGGUGGAUUGGUGGGUUGGGUUGAGUGGAGCGUCGGAGGAAGGCGGGCGCGUUAGUGCUUGGGAGUGAAGCUGAGGCGGCUGCAGAGCAGACAAUAAGAAAUUUGGGCAGCAUCAGGCCGGGCUAGCUUCGGAAGCGUGCGAGCAAUUGGCGUGAAAUGACUGCCAAGAUUUACUCCUUCUGCGCCGCCUAGUACGGUUUAGGACGUUUUGCUCUGCAGGCUUUCCCCCAGCACCUCGUGGAGGCUGGUUCCAGGCGCCAGUGAAG